UCCCUCGGGGUAUCUACUAGAACCAUCGGAUGCUCUAACGAGGGUUUCUCUAGGGUUUAACGCAAGCUUUUCAGACAGAUUCAACCAAAACUCCGAAAUUUGAAACUGAAUUUCGGAAAGAAUUAAGUAGACGAACUAAAAACUUCGGAUAAUUCACACACAGAGGAAGGGAGAGAGAGGGAGAGAAGCCCCGGAAUGGUUCGUUCUAAUGGCGCUUGGUUUCUUCGCUGCUGCUUCGCUCGUCGUUCCCUAUAUGGGAACCUUCUUGAAGAAUCUGGGAAUUCUCCAUGUAAGGGCGUGUUAAGAGGGGGAUACAUGAGUUUCAGUUCCGGAAUCCGUAAUCCAGUCCGGGUUAUUUGGAAUUACACUCCCGGCAAUGUGAGCAACAAAAACUGGUUGCCAUUUGUAGCUCUGAAUGGAAUUUGGGGCCAAACAAGGUCAAUUCAUGGCACUGCAUAUGUAUCUGCAAAGGAUUAUUAUGAUGUACUUGGUGUAAGCAAGAAUGCAACUGCUUCUGAAAUAAAGAAAGCUUAUUAUGGGCUUGCAAAGAAGCUACAUCCAGAUACGAAUAAAGAGGACCCAGAAGCUGAAAAGAAAUUUCAAGAAGUAUCAAAGGCAUACGAGGUUCUGAAAGAUGAAGAAAAGCGUGUACAAUAUGAUCAGGUUGGCCAUGAUGCAUUUGAACAGCGAGAUGUCAACAGUGGUUUUCCUGGUCAAGGAUUUCAUAAUCCAUUUGAGGAUUUAUUCAGAAUGAAUGAUAUGUUUGGCAAUAUCUUCAAACAGAAGCUCGGUGGCCAAGAUGUUAAGGUUGCCAUUGAGCUAUCCUUCAUGGAAGCUGUCCAGGGAUGUACAAAGACCAUCACUUUUCAAACUGAUGUGCCGUGUUCAGUUUGUGGUGGAGAAGGUGUUCCUCCAGGUGUCAAACCUGAAAGGUGCCAACGCUGUAAAGGCUCUGGCACUGUAUUCGCGCAGAAGGGCAUUUUCAGUAUUCAGAGCACAUGUCCUCAGUGUGGUGGAAUUGGGCAAACUGUAUCGAGCGUCUGCAAAUCUUGCAAUGGAAGUAAGGUUAUUAAAGGAUCAAAAUCGGUCAAAUUGGACAUUAUGCCAGGAGUGGAUGACAAUGAGACCAUGAGAGUUUAUAGAAGCGGAGGGGCAGAUCCUGAGGGGAAUCAACCUGGUGAUCUUUACGUCACCAUCAAGGUCAGAGAAGACCCUGUUUUCCGUAGAGAAGGUUCCAAUAUUCAUGUGGAUGCUGUUUUAAACAUCACUCAGGCAAUAUUAGGGGGAACUAUCCAGGUCCCAACUCUGUCAGGAGAUGUUGUACUUAAGGUCCGUGCUGGCACCCAACCUGGUCAAAAGGUGGUCCUUAAGAAAAAAGGGAUAAAAAGUCGCAACUCCUAUUCAUUUGGUGAUCAAUAUGUACACUUCACUGUCAACAUUCCAAUGAAUUUGACCCCAAGACAACGGGAAUUGAUUGAAGAGUUUGCCAAAGAAGAACAAGGCGACUAUGAUAAACGUGCUGCUGCAGGGUCAUCUUCAUGAAAUAUGUGCCUGAUUAACUUUAGCUUCAUAUUCAUUCAGAGUCAUGCUUCAGCAAAGAUAAUAAGGAAGAAACUGGGAAGGACUACAAAGAGAGUCCUGAGUAGCAUCCAGCCUGCUUCAGAAGUUUUGUGGGAGAAUUUUGGUUCGUGUUUGACCCUCUUGUUUUUAUCUUAGUCCUGUAAGGUAAGGUAAGGUAAGGUAAGGAAUGGAAUCACAGUAGCACUAGUUACUUAUCUCUCUUUGAUAAGGUGUUAUUCAUAUAACAUUCAGAUUACCAUAGGUGAUCUUGUACAUAAUUUAAAAGAGUGUGGUCAUUUAGUGGGACUGAAUCUCCAUUUUUUAAAUUAUCUGUUCAUUAUUA